AUGACGUCCCAACAACCAUGCAAAAUUUGUUGGACGAGCGACGUGCCAAAUGCACCACCCUCGACCAAUUUCUAGAGGAUUUUGAGAGGGUUGCGCGGAGAAUGCCCUUGCUGGAUGAGGCACAUAAGUGCCAUGUUCUGUUGACUAACUUUGCGGAGGAUGAAAGGAAAAGCGUGGUAAGCGUGGUAAGUCGCACUGCUCAUUACCCUCUGAAGUGGGAAGAGAUGGUCGAGAUGGUCCAUUCCAUUGUUGUUGUGACAAGCAACGAGGCUGGAAAUUCCGCAAUUGCUGCAGCCCCAAGAUUGGAACCAGCAGGUGCUGGUCCCAGCUACGCCGGUCCCUAUGUGGACCGAAAGGCGGUACAAGUGUCGUCUAAGUACGACGGCAAGGAAGACAUCGAGUCCUGGAUCAGCUCCAUGAGGGCCUACUUCGAGAUUCUGGGGACUCGACCUGAGACCCAAGCGGUGGUCAUGGGAAUAAAUGUCGAGCCGGUCGUACGGGGCUUCCUAGAAGUCCAAGCGAUGCGGGCUGGGUGCGAGGUCUUCUCCAAGAUCGAUCUCAAGUCUAGCUACCACCAGAUUGAAGUCGAUCCUGCGGACCAGCACAAGACCGCGUUCAAAACACGCGACGGGCUUUAUGAGUUCACCGUAAUGCCCUUCGGUCUCACAAACGCACCAGCCACUUUCCAAAGCCUCAUGGACAAGGUCCUCCGCGAACAAAUUGGUCGUCUUGUGGUAGUGUACGUGGAUGAUAUUCCGAUCUUCAGCAAGUCCAUGGAGGAACACCUCAAGCAUCUUAAUGAGGUGCUCGCUAUCCUCAAGAAGACGCAACUCCAUCUCAACUUGGAGAAAUCCGAGUUUGGGAAGGAUAACGUCAUCUAUCUUGGGCAUCCGUUGUUUGCGGCAGGCCUAGAGCUUGAGGCAACCAAGAUUGAGGUCAUACGUGAUUGGCCUCAGCUUGCGAACAUUCGCGAAUUGCGUUCUUUCCUUGGUCUCGCGUCGUAUUAUCGGAAGUUUGCUGUGCGCCGUCGCCGUAUGAGAGAAGGGAUCCAUGAACGGCAGCAGCGGAGUGAAUCUAGGCAUGAGGCAUACCUACUACGCAUUGCGAAACGAGCUGGGGAUGAGAGCAGUAAGGUAAGUGAAGUGCAGUUUAUUGCUUCUUUGAGUGCGGAGAACAAGAAGUUGUCACUGCAGCAGAAGCUUGAGCAAUCUGAGGUUCGACGCCAGAAGCAGCUGGAGAGCAUCCGUCAGAAGCAAAGGGGUGACAUGGCUAAAGAAGAGGCAGCUAUGAAGAGAAGGGAGGCCCUAGAGGCAGAAAGGCUGCAAAAGAUUGCAGAACAACAGCGCGAGGAUCACCCGGUGAACUUCUACCGCCGCACCGUUCACAUUCGUGAUCGGAACGGAGUACUAGUCCCGUGCACGGUGCCUCCACCUCACCCUUUGAUCAGCUGUCACGUGGUGUCUGCUGCGAGCAUUCGAGCUUCCAUCACCCGGGACGACAUUGAGGGGAUGGGUGUGUGUUUUCUCCACGCCCUCCCUCCCCAUGACAUCCCAUCGACGGACGCAUCGACGGACCUACGCAUCACCAAGCUUCUAAACGCCUAUGGUGACAUUUUCGAAGCCCCGCACGGAGUAGUACCGGAUCGGCCCAUCUUGCACGAGAUCAUCCUCGAGGCCGGGGUCGUACCUCUGCAUGGUUGCAUCUACCGCAUGAGCGAGGAAGAGUUAAGUGUGCUACGGGCACAACUUGACGACCUUCUCGAGAAAGGCCGGAUUCGGCCUUGCUCUUCGCCAUACGGUGCCCCCGUUCUCUUCGUCCGGAAGAAGAACAAGGAUUUGCGGUUGUGCAUCGAUUAUCGCAAGCUCAACGCGCAAACCAUCAAGAACGCCGGCCCUCUUCCGAGCAUCGACGACCUCCUCGAACGGCUGGGCGGCGCCAAAUUCCUCUCCAAGCUUGACCUCAAAUCGGGAUAUCACCAACUCGAGAUCCGGCAGGAGGACGGCUACAAGACCGCGUUUAAGACGCGAUAUGGGCAUUUCGAAUGGCUGGUUAUGCCUUUGGCCUUACGAAUGCCCCGACCACAUUCAAGCGGCUAUGACAACGGAGUUCCGACACAUGCUGGAUAGAUUCGUACUCAUCUACCUCGACGACAUCUUGGUGUACAGCCAGAGUUUGGACGAGCAUGUGGAGCACUUGCGCACCGUUUUGGAGCGGCUACUACAAGCCAAGUACAAAGCCAACCGUGACAAAUGUGAAUUCGCGCGGCAGAAGCUCGAAUACUUGGGCCAUUAUGUGACGCCGCAAGGCAUCCAUCCGCUCACGGACAAGAUUGAGGCCAUCCGCGUAUGGCCCGAGCCCACCAACAUUACGGACGUUCGCUCAUUCAUGGGGUUGGCAGGCCACUACUAAUGCUUCAUCACCGGGUACUCAAGGAUUGUCGCACCAUUGACGAG